CUCAGCGGGCGGCCACUGUGCCCAGGCCUUGGAACUGGAGCUCCCCUCCCCGGCUGGGCAGCAGCUCCUGGGCCACCGCAGCCCUCCUCCCCGGCAACCGUCUCCAUGGCGACAUAUGUUGUGGUUGCCAACCGCACUUCAGUGCUGCCAGGGCAGGCGGGCCAUGGGCUGGGCCAGGCCUAGGAGGGAAGGGAUAGGGGACACCGCGGAAGGGGAUCAUGGGCUGCUGCACAUCUGGGGACCCCGGGAGCAAGGGAACCAAGAAGGCCACAGAUGACAGCCCCUGUAGUGCAGCCCCCCACGAGAAGCUGAAGAAAAGCAAGAUCAUCUUCGUGGUGGGGGGGCCUGGCUCAGGGAAGGGCACCCAGUGUGAGAAGAUUGUGCAGAAAUAUGGCUACACCCACCUCUCCACGGGGGAUCUCCUGCGGGCCGAAGUCAGCUCGGGCUCCGCCAGGGGCAAGAUGCUCUCGGAAAUCAUGGAGAAGGGGCAGCUGGUGCCACUGGAGACCGUGUUGGACAUGCUCCGAGACGCCAUGCUGGCCAAAGUCGAUUCUUCCAAAGGCUUUCUGAUCGACGGCUACCCCAGGGAGGUACAGCAGGGAGAAGAGUUUGAGCGGCGGAUCGGACAGCCCACGCUGCUGCUGUAUGUGGACGCAGGCCCCGAGACCAUGACCCAGAGGCUCCUGAAGCGCGGGGAGACCAGCGGGCGCGUGGACGACAACGAGGAGACCAUCAAGAAGCGGCUGGAGACCUACUACAAGGCCACCGAGCCUGUCAUCGCCCUCUAUGAGAAGCGAGGCAUCGUCCGCAAGGUCAAUGCUGAGGGCUCCGUGGACAGCGUCUUCUCCCAGAUCUGCUCCCACCUGGACGCCCUGAAGUAGCCCCACAGCCUCCCCAGCCCGGAGCCUCCCGCGACUGGAGGCCGCGGUUCAGCCUGGGCCUCGCCCUGCUCGGCUGCCAGACGUGGGGACCCUGGAUCCCGUCCGUGGACAGCUGAGCACUAAAGGAACUUCGAGGGCGUCUGGGUUUUAUUCCUCUUUCUUUGCUUCCAGUUGGAGUUGCUUCGUCACCCGCCCGGCCUCGAGCCCCUGGCCCUCCCUCUCCUGCUGAGCCUCUGGCUCCCCUUUUGCCCCUGUCCUCCUCCUCCAGCCCUGGCGGGAGGCCCAGGGCCCUGCCCCAGGCGGGGUGUGCCCAGCCCAGGCUGCACCAGGCAGUGGAGAGGCUGGGGACCUUGCUCUCGGGGUCUCGGUUCUGGCCUGGCCUCCUCUGUGUGUCCUCGCCCUGCCCCUGCCUCUCUGAGUGUUUUCUGUGCAGGCCUCGGCCGGGGCCGGGGCCGGGCUGCAGCAAGCCGAGAGGCUGCGGAUGGUGGGACCGGGCCCAGGCCUCCUUGGUCCUGAAGCUCCGAGGGCCAGGGAGGGAGCCGGGGCCAGGUCCCCUGCCCAACACCAGCCGCUCUGCUCGAGCCAUUUCUGAAUGUAAAGGAGGUUGUGCCUCCCCCUGCCCCGCAGGGUCAGUGAGGGGUGACAGUGACCAGCCUCUGCAGCCGGAGCCAGAGCAGCCUGGCUGGAAGGGCGCAGGCCCAAGCCAGGCUGGGGACAGCCGGGUCCCCUGAGAACCAGCUUUCUCCCCCGUCCGCUCCUCCUUUGGCCUCAUCAGCGAGAAAGGCUCAAUCUGGUGCUUACCUGUCUGCGACACCUGUCCCCGCCCCCGGGGCUGCUCGGAAGCCCAGGGAACGGAUGGCCACCCUGGCCUGGAGGACACCCCUCGGGCUGAUUGUGCUCAGUUGUGUCCCUGUGUGUGUGCAACUGGCCCCGCUUCUCCCUGACUUCGGUUAUUUAAACUUUCCUUUAAAAUAAACAUAUUUAAGUUACA